AUGGCUUUCUCUCCUUUACCAUCUUUUUUGCUGGUUCUAGGUUUAGCUGCUUUACCGAUGGCUUCCGCUCACGAUCACGAUUCUUCUCAUAUCGAGGAAGGACAGACUAUUUCUGUCGACCCGAUUGACACGACAUUAUGGAUUCACAUCUUCGUUCAAAUGUUUACCUGGGGCGUCAUCUUCCCCUUAGGCAUGGUUCUUGGGAUCGUUAAAUCCCGAUGGCACGUCCCAGUUCAAGUUCUCGGAACCGCAAUAGCGAUCCUCGGAUACGCCUUAGGACAUAUGCACGGCGGUCGCGAAUUUCGCCACAACAACGUCCAUUCCAAGUUCGCAACGCCGAUCUCCUUGUUGCUUUUCGCCCAGAUUCUCAUGGGCAUCUACUUAAAACUACAUCUCGAGAAGGGGAUCAAUGGAAAGAUUAGGCGAUUCGUGAAGAUGGGACACGGUAUUGUUGGAAAGGCCAUACCCGUACUCUCUUGGACGCAGAUGCUGUUUGGCGGCAUCACCGCUCUCGGCUUCUGCCAGGGUGAUCAUCUUGGUCAAUGCCUGGCGCAUUUCAUCAUGGGAAGCGCUUUUAUUGCCUACGGCAUAAUCUUGACGAUUAUGUUACUCGUGGGACAGCUGUGGCUGAGACGCUCCGGUCGAUCGCAAGAAUUUUUCGAUAGCUCCUUCAUCGCUGCUUGGGGAGUAGUCAACACCUUCACGGAACAUCGAUGGGGUACCGCAUGGGUUAAGAAUGACUGGCAACAUACUACUAUGGGCAUAAUAUGGUGGGCUGCAGGGUUAGCCGGAGUUUGGCUGAGCAGGGACCGAGACGGUAGACCCCAGCGCAACUUCAUCCCUGGCUUUGUCAUUUUGAUCACCGGCUGGGCCAUGAGCGCGCAUCCUCAAGAUCUCAUGAUCAGCGCCGAGACCCACAAGAUGUUCGGGUACACCCUCAUGGCUGCGGGUGCUACUCGAAUCAUCGAGGUAUCAUUUGUAUUACGGGACCGGCCCAGCAUAUCUGAGGAGGGCCGAGAAACAAGCAGCUUCCAAUACGUCCCUGUCUUCUUACUCUACGCCUCUGGAUUUUUGUUCAUGGGCGCUACGGAGGAGCAGAUGGCCCUAGUCGCCUCUUCAGGCAUGGACCAUGUUGCCUAUAUCUUGAUAUUAUACUCCCUCGCUUUCAUUAUUUUCCUCUUCACCAAUGUGCUUCUCGGUAUAUACGACCGUAAUAGUGCACCUACGCUUGCUGCAAAGGAUGCGGCUAAUGGCCGAUUGGGACCUCGGGUUAACGGAAACAUACCUGUCAGAGAUGCUCAGGAGUUUGAGCUAGAGGGCUUGAUGAGCGAAGAUGAGGAGGAAGGUCCGAAAUUGCACAGUGAUGACAGUAGCCUAGAAAGCCCGAGCACCGUCGGCAAAAAUAGCGACGGGGUUGCCCGCUGA